AGCAAAGUGCUCGUGAAAAGGAAUUAGUGCCGCAUUUCCCGAAGAAGACGAGGAGAAACGCUGCGAAGAUGGCGACGUCCACGAAGAAACAUGCGAAAAAGCCGUGUGUUAUUCCGGGCGGUUUUACGGUCCUGCCUCUUCAGUUCAGCGCAGACAGUGUCAGUCAACACAGCAUUUACAUUAAGGAACACAGAGUUCGGGCAGAGAAGACCUCCCACAGACCACUUGACAGGACGUUGUUUGUGAUCAACAUACCGCCUUACUGCACAGAGGAAGUCGUUCAUAAUCUGUUUACAUUGUUCGGCGAAAUCCAGUCAGUGGAGUUGAUGGAGAGGCCUGGUGCCACUGAUCACUCAGAACUGCAGCUGUCUAAAUAUUUCAGACCAGCAAAGAAAGAGGGAUUCAGUGUCGCAUAUAUUGUGUUUAAAAAAGCAUCAAGUGUGAAGGCAGCAAAGUCACACCCCCAUAACAUCCCAUUGGUUGUUAGCACGGAACAACAACCAAUUAAAGUUGGUCUGAAGAAAUGGAUAGAUCAGUACAGGCAGUCGGUAGCUUACCCGGACAAACUUCAAGAAGCAGUGGACACCUACAUGCAGGAGUAUGACAGGAGAAAAGAGGAGGAAUCCCAACAGUUGAAGAAAGAAGGGGAUGGGGAUGAGGAAGAGGAUGAUGAAGGCUGGGUGAAAGUCACGAGGGGCACCAAGGGAAGCAAGGCCCGGCCUCACACUGAGACGGCCAACCGGAGGGCUCUCCAAAAGGAGGACAAGAAGCGGAAGAGGAAGGAGCUAAUAAAUUUCUACGCAUGGCAGCACCGACAGACGCAAAGAGAGCAUAUUGCGGAGCUGCGGAAGAAGUUUGAGGAGGACAAACAGAGGAUUGCGCUAAUGAGAGCACAGAGGAAAUUCAGACCAUACUGAGUCGUCACCCUUUAUACAUCUUCAUUGUUUGUUGUUUCAUUCUUAUCUUCCCAUCUACCCAUUUCCCCUCCGUUCCAUUAAAUAAAUCUCAUGUUUAUUGUUCCUCA